AUGAGCGAAAAUGAGUCGGAAUCCGGCUCGCAAGCCGGUGACACGCUUCCGGCGUUUUCUGAAGUACAGGUACGGAUUUUUAAGCAAUUUCAUAAAGCUUUCUUUUAAAAAUCAUCUGUUUUUCACAACUUCUACUACGAAAUUAGAUUUGGGCCAUUUUUCAAUGUUUAUAGCUUUGAAAAUGCGCAGAAAAGGAUUUGUUGAGAUUUUGACAAAAUAAUUCCAGGUGAUCGAGGUGAAUCGAAACAAUUUUGCCCAAAUCUGGCCGUACCUGCUCGUCUGCAUAAAAUCCGCCGAUUUCACCGCCAUGGACUUGGAGCUGAGCGGCCUGGGCGGAAAAGGACUGCGCGCCAAGGACGUGGCCGAGAGAUAUCGGACCAUUCGCGAGGCCGCCCAUACCAGGUCAGCAUUAUGUUGAUUUGAAGCCGUUUUUGCAAACAGUGCGUAAAUUAUCCGAUCCGUCUGAAACUUGGACUCAAAUUAUUACAAACCAAAUCUAACAAGUUUGCAAGGUUUGGUUCCGACCAGAUUAGUGCAACUGAGUCAAAACCUGAGACUCUAUUGCAUGUAAACGUUCGGGAAAGUUUUAAAAUUGUAAAUUCCAGAAGCAUUCUUUCGGUGGGAAUCGCGACGAUGAAGCUGACGAAGAAGAGCGAGAAGCGGCGGGCUCUUCGCUACGAGACCCGAGUGUUCAACAUCCUGACACUCUCCGAGAAGCCGUUCACGAUCGAGCCGUCCGCGCUGCAGUUCCUCGCCAAACACUCGUUCGACUUCAACCGUCUCAUCCAGACGGGCGUCCAAUUCCAGGGUGCCGCCUGUCCGUUGCGGACUCUUUUCCGCGAGCUCCUCGGCUCCUCGGCCACUUUUUGCCUGCACAACGGAUUCAUCGACUUGGCGUUCAUCCACAAACAACUCUAUGACGUGGAUCUUCCCGAGACACUCGACGAAUUCUGCAACAAUCUCACCGAUAUGUUUCCUGCGGACUUUCUGCCGGUCGCCGAUUCCAAGUAUUUGGCAGAGUAUCAGACGAGAAUGACCGCUUCCUACUUGGAAUACGUGUUCCGACGAACGUAAGGACCACUUUCGAAUUUUUUAAGCUUCGCCCCUUCCAGAGCUGUAUGGAAGUAAAUGUUUAUUUUCGGGAAAAAGAAGAAAGGAGAUUAAAAUUUUGGCGGAAAAUAGAACUCGGAAAUUUACUUUAUUUUGCUUGUGCAAAAUUUUUUUUUCUUGAUCUUGGUGGUUUACCCGAUGUCUCAAUUUUCAGCCAGGGCGACAACGAAAUCGAGCGUCUCAACAAGCGCUACCACAUUGAAAUCGAGUUCCCCGACCCGGGAAAGCUCUCGAAAGCGCUGAAAUCGGCGACGGACAAAGUGGACGUGAAGCUUCCGGAAGGAUUCCCCGACCACGCGAUUCCCAUCGAUUUGCACGUGCACGUGUGCAAAUAUUUCGCCCACCACGGCUUCUGCCAUCAAAGAACCACCGCGAAAGGGUGCAAACUGCUGCACGACAUCGACGCCGCCAUCGAUCUGCAGCGGAUCAAGGAGAACAAGAAGGCGUUCAAACGGAAGCGACGGUACAAUAAUGUGAUUGCGGAGAGCGUCGCCGAGAAAAUCGGAGUGAACGAGGAGGCGUGGAAGAACGCAAAGUUCGAGCAGAAGCUGUUGACGAGGGACUUCAGGGAGCAGAAGCGCAACGUGGUAACUGGCCUGCAUCGGGCCGGCGUCGACGCGUUCAUGACCGCUUUUGCUGUCGUUUAUCAGCAGAGGCGUACUCUCAUGACCGAGAAUUCGGUGCAGACUGAGGUUUGUCUAAAAAAACCCGAAAAUAAGUAGAAUUGUCGGACUACGUUGUGCUUUUAGGAUAGGCUUCUUGACGUUUCGCACCCCGCUAUUUCGAAACCGCGACGUUUCACAACUAACAUGAGUUACCUAGCGAUAAUUUUCACUGUCAAAGUUCACGUGGGUAUCGAAACGCCGGGGAGCCACCGUAAAUACUGUAAUAUGAAGGCCAUCUCAAUACCGUUCAUUUCGUAUAAUGUAUCUCAUCAGCUGCCAGUAUGAUAUCAAAAAGUUGUCGACUGAUAAACUGCUCAUUAUAACAUUCUGAACAUUUUAUCAAUUGAUGACCUUUUGACAUCUCUACCGGCAGAUGAUAUAUAUUAUCCCGAAUGAACGGUUUUGAGGUGCCCUUCUUUUACAGUUUUAUUUACGGUACUUUGUUUGAUUCAUGAAAACAUUUAACAAAUUCAAAAUUCAACGCAUUUUCAUUUCCAGUUCGUGAAUCGUCUUCCACUGUCGGCCAAAGAUCAGCCACUCCACCUCCGGCACCGUCUAGUUGCUGCGAAACCGGAAUGCGACGAGAAGACCGCCCAUCAGUUGGCCAUGGAGGAAAUUGAUAGGCAGCGGGAGUUCGUGCGCAACAAUGCACUCAAUUCCGUCUAA